CGUGUUAGGUACUGCUGGCGUCUCAUCAGAAACCUGCUUGCUUUGAAACCGCUGCAUUCAGCAUUCUCUUUAAUUCUCAACUACAGUUGGCAUGUGUGCAGUUUAGAAAGACAUGCAAGACAGGAUCCUAUGGAUGGUGCAUAUAACAGUGCAAGUGGAAGUCCCAGCCUGCUAUAAGGAGGGAAUCUGGAACAUUUGCAGUAAUGUAAAGGUGUCUCCCUUAUGGAAUUGAAAGAACAGUUCAACAUCAUUCAACUUCGGCGUUUGUCUCUUCUUUUGGAAAAAUGGACAACGUCCUUUUUAGAAGGCCAAAUUAGAGCGUUCUACUGCAAACAUCAGUAAUUUAAAUGUCAUGCUUCCUGGGACUAAGUCAUUUAUAAAACGUGGAGACAGUUUGGAAUCAGGAUAAAGAAGCUUGGGGAAAAACCAGUAAACCCAUAUGUUAAUAAGACAUUAUCAUUUUCAUUGCAUAUUUAGUGAAACCCCACAAUUACUAAAUGACAGUCUGACUAUUGUGACUUCCUAUAAGAUCUCACUUAGCAUGUCUGCUGUUUGCCAAUGGAAAAGAGAGAGAGGCUUCCAUUGAUUUCCAGAUUCUCACAAGUCAGUACUGUGGUUCUGUGGCUCAUCUCUUGAGCACCAUCCAGAGACCGUGACUCCUUGGGUGGCAAUGAACAGCUGAAUCACAUCUAAGGAACGCAUGACAAUGGGAGCUCUCAGAUGAGCGUGUGGCAGGAAUAAGCCACUGCCACCGACUCACUCCGAAUAAAGGUCUGCAGGAGGCAUUCCCACAGCACCAUGGAGAUUUUGUUCCUGAAAACACUUCUGCUGCUGGCUGGCUGUUUAGCUGGGCUCUUCUAUUACCUCUCAGAUCUUUGUGUGGGUGAGAAGAGGACCGCAGAGAAGCCGAAUUUCAUCGUCAUUUUGGCAGAUGACAUGGGAUGGGGGGACCUUGGGGCGAACUGGGCAGAAACCAAAGACACUCCUAACUUGGAUCGGAUGGCUUCAGAAGGAAUGAGAUUUGUGGAUUUUCACUCUGCUGCAUCCACUUGUUCCCCCUCCCGUGCCUCCCUGCUCACAGGAAGGCUUGGCAUUCGCAAUGGAGUGACCCACAACUUUGCUGUCACAUCCGUGGGUGGCCUCCCCCUCAAUGAGACUACGUUAGCUGAGGUUCUGAAGGAUGCAGGAUACAUCACUGGGGUAAUAGGUAAAUGGCACCUAGGACACAGCGGCCUUUAUCAUCCCAACUUCCGUGGUUUCGACUAUUACUUUGGUAUUCCCUACAGUCACGACAUGGGUUGCACUGACACUCCAGGCUACAACCUCCCUCCCUGUCCGGCAUGCCCUCGACACUCUGCAGCUGCAAGCAGCCCGGGGAGAGAUUGUUACACCAAGGUGGCUCUUCCUCUCUUUGAAAACGGCACCAUUGUCCAACAGCCCGUGAACCUGACUGGUCUGGCUGCGGAGUAUGCAGAAAAAGCAACUCAGUUCAUCCAGCGCGCAAGUGACAGCGGACGCCCGUUCUUCCUAUACCUCGCCCUGGCCCAUGUGCACGUGCCCUUGGUCGUCGCUCAGCCUCCCUCCGGUUCCUCGUUCCCUGGGCCCUACCGAGCCAGCUUGAGGGAGAUGGAUGCCCUGGUGGGACAGAUAAAGGACAAAGCUGCCAGCUGUGGGGCGGAAAACACAUUCCUUUGGUUCACAGGAGACAACGGCCCGUGGGCUCAGAAGUGCGAGCUUGCAGGGAGCGUGGGCCCCUUCUCCGGGGCCUGGCAAAGGCAACGAGGUGGGAGUGCAGCCAAGCAAACGACCUGGGAAGGGGGACAUCGCAUUCCAGCGCUGGCUUAUUGGCCUGGCAGGAUCCCUGCAAAUGUGACAAGUGCGGCACUGUUGAGUGCCACGGACAUUUUCCCCACCUUGGUGUCCCUGGCAAAGGCAAGUCUCCCUCCCCACCGGCGAUUCGAUGGCUCAGAUGUGUCCGAGGUUCUCUUUGGGCAGUCGCACCAAGGGCACAAGACAUUGUUUCACCCCAAUAGUGGAGCAGCGGGAAAGGACGGAGAGAUAAAGGCCCUACGGCUGGCUCAAUACAAGGCAUUUUACACUACAGGUGGGGCGAAAGCCUGUGACGGAAGCAUCGGGCUGGAAGAGCAUCACCAACCACCGCUCGUGUUUAAUUUGGCUCGUGACGUGCAGGAGCAGGUGCCUCUGGACGUGAGGGCUGGCGAGUAUCAGGCUGUGUUACCUGCGAUAACUAGGGCUUUGGCAGACUUUCUUCAGGAUAUCGCAACGGAUAACGUCUCGAUGGCCGAUUACUCCCAGGAUCCCGCAGCGAGGCCCUGCUGCAAUCCACAGCUCCCAGUUUGCCGAUGUCAGGCAUGCGGCUCUAGCCCAGCCGCAAUGGACUAACGGGGAGCAGUAGACAAGAGGGUCACAUGGAGUCGGCUGUCAGACACCAAGAAACGGACAAAAUCAUCUUGCCCUGCACACUGAGAAGCAACAAAGUCCUUCUGGUAAGUACAUCAAAAGGAUUCGGCUGCGGGAGUGCAGCUGAGCGAUCCAAGGAAAACACAGGGAGUUUUCAUUGAAAUGCAAACACUGCUUCUCACCAGACUAAAGCACAAACCUCUGCCCCAGCAUUUAAAGGAAAAAAAAAAUCUUGUUUUUCCACCAUGUGCAAGUAAUAACAGUGCUGGGAACAAAGAGUUUCCAUGAAUCAGUAGCAGCCCCAGAGUCUAAUUCAAAUGGAUUCUUCAGUUUGAACAACAAAGAUUUUCCACUGAUCUUCCAAUCAGAAGUCAAAACUAUUCACCCAACAAGAUCUGCUCUUAUUUAAACUUUCAUGGCCGACGGUGAUUCUUUGGCUUGGAUGGGUUUUCUACGAUGACAGAUAUUCUCCAGUGCAGGCUGGUUUCCAUACUAAAGUCCAAGACCAGGAUUUUCAGAGUAACAAAGUGAAUGCCUAACUUGAUCGUCAGCCAAUUAACUCACAAGCCAGGGUCAGCAGAAGAAGUGGGCUGUGCCCAUGAAAGCUCAUGAUACCAUGUACAUGUUUUGUUAGUCUUUAAAGUGCUACCAGACUAUUUGUUGUUUUUAAGUUUAAGACAGGCUAGAUUAGUCUCCUGAAGUCAGUUACACCAGAGAUAAAUUUGGCCCAGGUUGUAUUGAUUUUGUGCAGCAAUGCACUGAAACAAAAUGCAUCCAUGUCCAGAGGGCGGGGCCAACUUUGCCUCCUAGUAUCAAGAGAGAAUUUUGCGCAUGAUCGUUCAGAUAUUUGGGUAAGCCAGCGAUCCAGUCAUAGAACAUCUGCAAACCCUCUAGCGGAAUCAGCUUCACACACUUUUUUUAAAUGAGACAAAGUGGGGUAGGUAAUAUCUAUUAUUGGACCAACUGCUGUUGGAGAGAGAGACAAACUUUCAAAGACAAGCUCUUUGAAGAGCCUGUAACAAGCCCGAAAAACUUAUUUCCCUCACCAGCAGAAGUUGGUCUAAUAAAAGGUAUCACCUGCCUCAACUUGUCUCCCCAAUGCUGUGGAACCAGAAUAGUCUUAAUACCACCAUUUACACAUGUUAAUGACAGUUGAUGUGAAAUAAAUUAUUCCCAAUGGCAAGCAGGAGCAUUAUUAUCUAACCCUCCCAUGUGAUGAGUAUCCUCCUACAUCUUCAAAACUCUCUUUGGCUUAGUUUUCCAAUGCUGCUCUCCGGUGCUGGGUCAUAACCAUCAUAGAUUGUAUCCACCUGUGCUAGAGCAGUAGCAUCUCAGGACAGUGACCGUAUCUUUUAUGUGUUUUCCCAAGUGGCAUGUAUACUUACAGCACUAGAAUAAUUUAGCUCUCCUCCAAGUGGGUGUUUAUACCAUCUAUCUAGGGUCCCUAUUAUUACUGUGUCCGAGUGCCUCGGUCUUCAAUGUAUUUAUCCUCAUAACCCCCUUGGGAGAUUGGGAGUAGUCACCCUGUCCUAGUUACAGCUGGCGAACGAAGGCCCAGAAAGACCGAGUGAGUCGCCCACGAUCACACAGCAAUGAACUGGGGUCUCUCAAGGACCAAUCUAGUGCCCAAGUCACUACAGCAUCCUUCUUUUCUCUGGCAAACUUCUGGCUCAUGGCACUGCACAGGGAAGCGAGAGCCACCAAAAGGAAUGGCAGUCGCCUAGAACUACACUGACAUUUGCAAAACGUAAAUCGGCCUCCAAAAAGAAGUCCUGCUUUUGCCAGCUCCUCCCUCCCUGCCACAAAACAUUUCAGAGAAGAAAUUAAAUGGUCAAACAAAACUUUACUGGAAACUCAAGACAGGGCUUGCCUCUUGGAGAUGCUUACUGCAGGUUUUGCUGUUGCUAACCUAGCAAUGGCCAAUUAGAUACAAUUAUAGGGCCUAGUUUUGUGUUGUAAUUCACUCUAUUCAUGAUAACCUCUAAUGUGUUUUGGAAGAGAUUGGGGGCGGGGGAGGGAAGGGAGAGGAGAGGGGACGUGGGAAAGAAGAACUUUAAAUCCUAAAAACCAAACCAAACCAGC